AUGUCAGUGGUUCUCAAAGUGUGGGCGUUGGCCGACACCAGGCAGCAGGGCAAGCUGACCCGGGAACAGUUCUCUUUAGCCAUGCACUUGAUCCAGCAGAAAGUGAGCAAAGGGCUGGACCCUCCUCAGACGCUGACUGCAGAUAUGAUGCCCCCUUCAGAGAGAGGGACCCCUGUGCCCGGCAUGGGGGCUUACAUGGCCACAGCGGGCUCUGACAUGGUGGCUCUGUCUGACAUGAGGAGGGACAGCUCGAGCUCUGUGGGAUCAGGGGAGUUCACUGGGAUCAAAGAACUGGACGACUUGAGCCAGGAGAUCGCACAGCUGCAGAGGGAGAAAUACAGUCUGGAGCAGGACAUCCGAGAAACAGAGGAGUCCAUCAGACACAAGACCACCGAGGUCCAGGACAUGCAGAGCGACUUGGACCGAGAGACAGCUGCGCUGCAGGAGCUGGAGGCCCAGAAGCAGGAGGCCAACGAGCGCCUGGAGGAGAUGGACCAGCAGAAGAAUAAGCUCGAGGACAUGCUCAACGAAGUGCGCAUCAAGUGUCAGGAGGAGUCGCACAUGAUCUCUGACCUGCAGACCCAGAUCCACUGUCAAGAGUCAGACCUCCACACUCAGGAGGAAGAGCUGAGUCGAGCUAAAGCCGAUCUUGGCAGGCUGCAACAGGAGGAGUGCCAGCUGGAGCAGAGCCUCAGUGCAGGAAAGAUCCAACUCGAGACCAUCAUCAAGUCUCUGAAGGCCACACAGGACGAGAUCAACCAGGCACGCAGUAAGCUGUGUCAAAUCCAGGACAGCCAGCAGGAGGUGUCCCGCAGCAUCGAGCAGUUCACCAGCACCCUGAACGGCACCCAUGGGGGCAGCAUGACCAACCUGGCUGAUAUGGGAGAGACCUUCACUGAACGGGAGAACGGGGGGUUCUCUGCCCCCAGAUCCACCCAGGUGGAGGAUCCGUUCAAAGUGAAGGCGUCUGUGUUCCCCAGUCAGCCUCAGUGUGUGUUUGCUAGCCAGCCCCCAGAACUCCCCAGAGACCCCUUCCACACUGAGGACCCCUUCAAGAGCGACCCAUUCAAAGGCGACCCUUUUCAAUCUGACCCGUUCGCAAAGCUGCCCACAGGAGCCCCAGAUCCUUUUGGAGGUGACCCUUUCAAAGAGACGGACCCAUUCAAGUCUUCGUCAGAAGAUUUCUUUAAGAAGACAGCUAAGGACCCCUUCUCUGCUGCAGACCCCUUCUGCAAAAGUGCCACGCUACCAUCCAAGCAAACCAGUCCCUUCCCAAACGCUGACCCCUUCACUUCAAGCAAUCCCAAGUCUAAAGGACAAGACCUGUUCGGCUCCCUGGACCCCUUUGGCAGCAGCUCCUUCAGCAGCACCAACACCUCCACAGGCUUCGCCGACUUCAGCCACAUGUCUAAACCCAGAGAUCCAUUCGAGGGCAGGGCCAGCUGGCUGCCCGAAUACCAGAAGUCAGCAUUUACAGAGGACCCCUUCAGUAGAAAAAGUGACACUCCAGCUUUGCCUCCCAAGAAAGGGGUGCCCCCAAGACCCAAGCCCCCCAGUGGUAAAAGCACUCCAGUGAGCGGAGAGUCCAAAAGCGAUCCGUUCCAGCCGUUUGCCUGUGAGUCUGUGGACCCCUUUCAAAGUAAGAAAGGCCUGGACCCCUUCAGCACCAAGGACCCCUUCAACACAACCACCACUACAACCACGUCCAGCACCACACGAGGAGAGAAAGGCAAGUUUGGGAACGAGGCGCAGCAGCUGGAGUGGGCCAAGCGGGAGAGCGAGCGAGCAGAGAAGGAGCGGCUCAAGCGGCUCCGGCAGCAGGAGCAGGAGGACCUAGAGCUGGCCAUCGCCUUGAGCAAAGCCGAGAUGUCCAAUGCCUGA